AUGGAUGGAAAGAGGAGGGUGGAGGUGGACCCUGUGAAACCGGGCAGCCCCAGAUCCCGGGAGAAUGCGUCCUGGAGACAGAACCGAGCCCAGGACGGAGCAGGCUCGCUCAGCUCCAGCCCCUGGGCGUCUCUGUCCUGGGGCGCGGACGGCGGUCUGGGGGCGCCGGCUUCUCGGUCUCUGCUCCCGCAACGCGUCGCGCACCGGAACCGCGAGCUGCUCUUCGGGGACACAGCGAGGACCGCGAGGAGGGGCCUGGGGGUCUCGCUCCGCUCUCAGCCGCAUCGCGUGACCAGCCGGCGGGCCCGCCGGGUCCGACCCCGGGCCGGCUCGCGCACACGCACCCGCACCCGCGCGAGCCGGCGCGAGCGCUCGGAGCACGCCUUGUUGUUGUUGUUGUUGUCGAGGGUCGGCUGUUCCGCUGUUCCGCCCGGCGCCCUGAGCGUCCGAGAGAGGGUGAGGCUGAGGGCGACGCCCAACGCGGUGCUGGAGUCCUUCUACAGGAGCAGCUCCAAGCACCCCACACAGAGUGAAGUGGAGACUCUGUCUCAGCAGACGGGCUGGUCAGUGCGACAGGCCCAGCGCUGGUUCCGUCGCCGGAGGAACCAGGAUCGGCCCAACCUGCUCAAGAAGUUCAGAGAGGCCAGCUGGAGAUUUACCUUUUACCUUCUUGCUUUCAUUGCUGGCCUGGGGGCCCUGAUUGAUAAACCCUGGUUCUAUGACCUGAAUGAAGUCUGGAAAGGGUUCCCCACGCUGACCAUGCUGCCCUCCCAGUACUGGUACUACAUGAUCGAGCUGGGCUUCUACUGGUCCCUGCUGUUCAGCGUGGCGUCGGACGUGAAGAGGAAGGAUUUUAAGGAACAGAUCGUUCACCAUGUGGCCACCAUCAUCCUCAUCAGUUUCUCCUGGUGUGUCAACUACAUCCGGGCUGGUACCCUCAUCAUGUUCGUCCACGACUCCUCAGACUACUUCCUAGAGUCAGCGAAGAUGUUUAACUACGCGGGCUGGAAGAACACCUGCAACGCCAUCUUCAUCGUCUUCGCCGUGGUCUUCAUCAUCACACGGCUCGUCAUCUUCCCUUUCUGGAUCCUGCACUGCACCUGGGUGUACCCUGUCCAGCUCUACCCUCCCUUCUUCGGCUACUACUUCUUCAACGGGCUGCUGCUGAUCCUGCAGUGCCUCCACAUCUUCUGGGCUGCUCUCAUCCUGCGCAUGGCCGCCAAGUUCCUGACCGGAAAGGGUGUGGAAGACGAGAGGAGCGAUCGGGAGGAGACGGAUAACACGGAAGAGGAGGAGGAGGAGGAGAAGGAGAAAGUUUGGGGUGCACAGGAGGCCCCCAAAAACGGUCCCGUGAGGAACGGGCAUCCCUCCGUCAACAACAACCACCGCAAGACCGAAUAGGAGUGUGGGUGUGCGCCCGCCCCCUGCCCCCCGCCCCGCAGCGCGGCACCCCCUACCUGACGCGCCUCGCCACAGCGCGGGCGGGCGUGCGGGGGGGGGGCAGCGCGGGAGGCGGGGUGUCAGUAGUAACGGGGCGCGGCCCUGGACUUGAAGGGGGGCGCUGCCUUUUUAUCGCAUCUCUUUGUUUUAAACGGAUUUCCUCCCAUGGGUGCAGCAGGUCCGAGCGCCCCGAUCAGUCGAGAAGGCGGCGGGCGGGCCGAGCGCGGCGGGGGCGAACCCCAGCUCCGCUGCGCGAGGAGAGCUGCCUGCCCUGGGCUCGGCUCGGGUGGUCUCGCUCCGGAGCUCCGUGGCCUGCUCUUGUCCUGAAAUACGCCCCCCCCCGCCCACCCGAAAAAAAAUUCUUUACUUCUCCUCCAGUGGAUAAACAAUUCCUCUCCAAAUAAAUUCCGGUGGAAAAUUCCA